GGGGGCGGGGCGGGAGCCUCGCUUUAAGCUCCGUGACGCGUCACCCUCUCCGCUCCAGUUCAGUCCAAGCCGCGCGCGUCCCGGGCGGUUCUCAGAGGUGCUGCCAGGACUUACUGGACCCCGAAGACCGUCCCUGGCCUUGGGCUGACCGUCCGUCUCCCCUUCCGAACCGUGGGAAGGAAGGGUAUCUGACCGUGGCGAGCGCUCAGCAGCAGUUCAGCGAGUCCGCACCCACCGACUCCGUCUCGACGCCGUCCCUCUCCUCCAGACAGAUCCGUGACGUCCCCGCUCGAAGGACGCCAUGCUCUCCAAACUGGCCCGCUUCCAGACCGUCGCUGGGCUCUGCCGGGGGGUCCACUCGUCGGCCGCUUCCGUUGCCUCGGUUGCGACUAAGAAAACGGCCCAGGGCCCCCCGCCGUCCUCCGAUUACGUGUUCGAGCGGGAAGCCAAGUACGGCGCGCACAACUACCACCCCUUACCCGUGGCCCUGGAGAGAGGGAAAGGUAUUUAUGUGUGGGACGUGGAAGGCAGGAAGUAUUUCGACUUCCUGAGCGCUUACAGCGCUGUCAACCAGGGGCACUGCCACCCGAAGAUCGUGGACGCGCUGAAGGACCAGGCCGACAAGCUGACCCUGACGUCCAGGGCUUUCUACAACACCGUCCUCGGGGAGUACGAGGAGCACGUGACGAAGCUGUUCAACUACCACAAAGUUCUCCCGAUGAACACGGGCGUGGAGGCCGGGGAGACGGCGUGCAAGCUGGCUCGGCGGUGGGGGUACAGCGUCAAGGGCAUCCCGAAGUACAAGGCGAAGAUCGUUUUCGCAGCCGGAAACUUCUGGGGUAGAACCAUGUCUGCAAUCUCCAGUUCCACAGACCCAACCAGUUACGAUGGGUUCGGGCCGUUUAUGCCAGGCUUCGAGAUUAUUCCGUACAACGACCUGCCAGCUCUUGAGCGCGCGCUUCAGGAUCCAAACGUCGCUGGGUUCAUGGUGGAACCGAUUCAGGGCGAAGCGGGCGUCAUUGUUCCGGAGCCGGGCUACCUGAUGGGCGUGCGGGAGCUCUGCACGCAGCACCAGGUCCUGUUUAUCGCUGAUGAGAUACAGACGGGGCUGGCCAGAACCGGCCGCUGGCUGGCCGUGGACCACGAGAACGUCAGACCCGACCUGGUCCUGCUGGGCAAGGCGCUUUCCGGAGGCUUGUACCCUGUGUCGGCGGUCCUGUGCGACGACGACGUCAUGCUGACCAUCAAGCCCGGGGAGCACGGCUCGACGUACGGGGGCAACCCUCUGGGCUGCCGUGUGGCCAUCGCUGCCCUGGAGGUUCUGGAGGAGGAGAACCUCGCCGAGAACGCAGAGAGGAUGGGCGCCCUCCUGAGGAACGAGCUCAUGAAGCUGCCCUCCGACAUCGUCACCGCUGUGCGCGGCAAGGGCCUGCUGAACGCCAUCGUCAUCCGCGCCACCAAAGACUACGACGCCUGGAAGGUGUGCCUGCGGCUCCGGGACAACGGGCUCCUGGCCAAGCCGACGCACGGCGACAUCAUCCGGCUGGCCCCGCCGCUGGUGAUCAAGGAGGACGAGAUCCAGGAGUCCGUGGAGAUCAUCAACAAGACCAUCCUGUCUUUCUGAGGGCGGCGGCUGCCUCCCGCGGGGCCCGGGGCCGGCCCGGCACAGGGUGCUCGGGCCCGGCCCGCCCGGGAGCCUCUGCAUUCCUGCUCUCGGCGCAGGCACAUUCCACUCCCCUGUGUCCUCAAGGACACAUGUGUUUUUUGUAACGUGUGCGUUUUUCAGCUCAUGCGUGCCGGCACGGCCGGCAGUGUGCCGUGUCAGGGAGCAGCGUCCGCGUGCGACGACGCAGCGUGUCCGUGAGCUUUCUGAGGGGGCACGCUCCUGCCUGUCUGUGCACGGGCAGCCUCCUAAUCAAGCCCCGUACGACCUAUUUACGUUUUUAUAAGUUUCCAGCUGGUGUAAAUGUAUCAUGUUUAAAAAGUUAUAUACGAGACUGGUUUUACUGGUGUAACCUUAUGAAGCUGAAUCAUAGUCAUUGAAUUUUAGGAAGGAUGAAAUGGUUAAGCUUAUGUAAACUAGUAGAUUGAAAUAAAGUUCGUAUUAGCUCA